GUUCGACUACAGGCUGCAGCUAAUAAACUACCCGUGAAUUAACUGCGACUCACCGGCCUGCUGAUCAUUUGUUACCCGCGGAGCAAGGGCGCUUACUCCAGCACCGUGCAGCUGACUCUGAAGAAGUUAGUGAGGAUGUCCAAUGACCUCGCUGGCGUGUGGGAGGUGGCACUGAGUGAUGGGGUCCAUAGGAUAGAGUUUGAACACGGCACGACCACCGGGAAGAGGGUCAUCUACAUUGAUGGAAAGGAGAUACUGAGACGAGACUGGAUGUUCAAACUUGUGGGGAAGGAGACUUUCACCGUGGGCAAGUCAGAUGCCAAAGCGACCAUCAACAUCGAUGCAGUGAGUGGUUUUGCCUACGAGUACACCUUGGAGAUCAACGGGAAGAGCCUGAAGAAGUACAUGGAGAACAGAUCAAAAGUCACCAGCACCUGGGUGCUCAACUUGGAUGGAAUAGACUGCCGGGUGGUCCUCGAGAAAGACACCAUGGAUGUUUGGUGUAAUGGACAAAACAUCGAGACAGCAGGGGAGUUUGUGGAAGACGGCACAGAGACACAUUUCUCUCUCGGUGACCACAACUGCUGCGUGAAGGCUGUGAGCAGUGGGAAGAGACGAGACGGGAUCAUUCACACGCUUCUUGUGGACGGCACAGAGAUAGCUGAAUGCACCGAGUGACUGCGGACGUGUAUGUGAGUGAGUGUGUGUGUUUUUACAUAUGUGUGAAAGCAGAGAUCUGGUUUGUAUGUGUGAUGCGAGGUAUCUGUGAAACAGGGGCUGUAGAGUAGCUGGACUCAGACUAAGAUAUGCCCUCUUACAUGUUGACGGCCAUGCUGUGAAGGGUACUUUAGCCAUAUAUUAAAGUGUCAUGUGAUUAAUGUAGUAACAGCCGAAGACUGGAUGAGUCUCAGCAGGUUUAGAUGAGAAGGCACAGCCAUUAUUUCAGUAACAAAAUGGGUUUAUCAUCUGGAAAUGUAACUCCACACUGGAAAACCUUUUGCAGUGGUAAACUGGAA